AUAUGUUAGAUAUUAUAUCCAGUUAUAUCCAGGUAUGAUUCAGGAAUACGAUAAAAAUAGAAAAGCAUUCUACUAAAUCUUGUGUACACAUUUUCUCAAUAAAUCGACUUGAUCAUAAAGGUCAACUAUUGGUGAGAUUCGGCUUCUCGUAUCAAGUAUGGCUGAAGGGGUCGUGUUGAGGUCUUCCUUUGGUCGUAACAUUAAAGCACCAAGACAUGGUUCCUCUGGAAAGGGGUUCGGACUCGGAACAAAUGACAUCAAACCCGCAGGACUAGAGGAACACUGCAGGACCAAUAUUGACAAACUACUGAACAAAAUGGGCCAGCACGUGGAACAGAGUAUGAUUAUGAUGGCAAAUAUGGAAUACACAGAACUGAUGAACUUGGAGAAGAAACUUAAGCAGCUAGACUAUAAGACGUUUCAGAAAACAUCGGAACUAAAACCAAGACCGAACACCAAAGUAGACGAUCUCUGGGGACCACAGCUUUUUCAUAUCAUACAAAAAUCAAGGGACACACAGUUAUGGAGCCUUGCCGAUGACGCCUUAAGAGAAUUAAACGCUUUACAGCGGUCAGCAAAAGCGUACGAUGACCUAAAUAAAUCAAAACCCGAUGGCACGCCACGUGAAAAAAAAUUGCAGCAAAACUUUAGUGGUUCUUUCCUCGUUAGACGCAAUUCCAACCAAGGCCAAAAUCACCGACCUCCCCAAAAAGGAGGUCCAAUGAAAGCAGUGCACCCUGUUGAGGAGGUGACGACUAAACCCCUGCAUCAUGGGAAUAAAGCCACGGCAACAAAGCCAGACUUCAGUAAGAGUUUCAUCAAAGGUUCCAUCAUAGACAGUCCCUUUAAUAGAAGUAUAACACCAUCCAACCGACCGCCGUCUGUGCAAAGAUCUAAAAAUGUGCAACACGGAUCUGGAGGCGCCAUUUAUUUAUCGAAAGAGGAACAUGAUCGUCUGCAGCGGAAAGUCAAACAGCAGGAGAUGCAAAUUGAAGAGCUCACAACGAGAUUAAGUAGCUUUGCCAGCAAACAGCUGCUAGCCGGAAACCCAAACAUGGCUGACCUGAGCGACAAAAACCGGCCUACAAAGAUCGGGGAGAAAUUUGGUCUGUUAUUUGAUGAGGAAUGGUCCGAAGCAUUCGAAUCUUUCAACGAAAAGCUCCGGUUUCCGGAGGAAGAAUGCCUGCGAGUUCUGUCUAAAAUACUUAGGUUAGCCUUUGAUUUCUGUAAUACAACGUCGGAGAGCCAGCUACAAGAUUUGACAGCAUCAAUGAAGAUGCACAUACUGCACCCGGUCUCCUACCCAAACAAGUCACCAAACAAUUCGUUGACGUCAUCGAUUGGUUCAAUCAAUUUAAGACUUAGUGAGAGCGAAGGAAAGGCGCUGCAAUCCUUGUGUCACAGGCAUUCCAAGGAGUUCAGAAAGGCCGCGGGGCUCAAAUCGGUUCCUGACCUACAGGAGAUUUUUAAAGCGCAAGAUUUAAGAAAAAACUUUCAACUUGAGCCGAGGCAGUUGCCAAAACCAAUACUGGAAUAUGUUGAUGCCUGUAUUGAGAUCACGUGGUUAAUGUGCAUACAAGAUCCGCCAAUGGUGAUCACGUGGGCAUCAGAAAGGGAGACAAUUAAUACCAACUAUUACAAAUGUUACAAAACAAGCGGUAACACUGUGAAAAUUUGCGUCUGGCCGUUGCUGCUAUUACAUAGCAAGGGACCAAUAGUGAGCAAAGGGUAUAUUCUGCCAAAUGAACGUUAAUCAAAUGAUGCGUAUGAGAUUUUUAUGAAAUCUUGUCUUGCAAAUCUGUGAUAUAGUUUCUUCAGUAAGUUAUUUAUUGCCAAAGAAGAGAAUGCAUAAUAUUGUAUUAUUUUGAACAAAGAUACACAUAAAUCAUUUCAUGUGUAUUGUUUCCGUCAACUUAGUUUGAGUUCAAUACAACCGAACUGACAAAAGAGAACUUGCAAAGUAAAUUGAAGCAAAUACAUGUAAAUACGUAUACAUCUUAUCAGAGUACGGAAGUUCCUGGUAACAUGUACAUUUACAUGUAGAUGUUAAUAUAUUUAUCUGAAUUAUAAUAUCGCUAUUAAACGUGUACUUACAAUUAAAGAUUUGUAAAUCUUGAUAUGAAUCAUUUUAAAAAAAAACUACUUAAUGAAAUAAAUAAUUAUACUAGA